CGCUCGGGGACCACUGGCAAGCAGCGGCAGCUCGCGGCCGCGCACUCUUCGUACCCGAGGCGCCCUACGGAGACCGAUCUCCCGCCCCGCGGCCCAGGCCGGGGCCCGGUGAGACCCACGGGCGGGCGGCCGCAGGGAGGGGUCUGCAACCGAACCCAGCGGGUGCCGCGUCUCCACCCGGGCCUCCAUCACUUCUAACCAGCCAUGUUCCAGGCUGCAGGAACCGCCCAGUCCACCCCCUCUCAUGAAGCCAAAGGCAGCAGUGGCAGCAGCACUGUUCAGCGCUCCAAGUCCUUCAGCCUUCGGGCCCAGGUAAAGGAGACCUGUGCAGCCUGUCAGAAGACCGUGUACCCCAUGGAGCGGUUGGUGGCAGACAAGCUCAUUUUCCACAACUCAUGCUUCUGCUGCAAGCACUGUCACACCAAGCUGAGCCUGGGCAGCUACGCGGCUCUGCACGGGGAAUUUUACUGCAAACCCCACUUCCAGCAGCUGUUUAAGAGCAAAGGCAACUACGAUGAGGGCUUUGGCCGGAAGCAGCACAAGGAGCUCUGGGCCCACAAGGAGGUGGACCCUGGCACCAAGACAGCCUGAGCCCUCUCUGACCUCCACUCCCUCUGUAGAGGGCCUGGAGCCCGGUGGUGGGAAGGGUGGGAAAGAGAUUGGACCUGGGCUGGGGUGGGAGGGGAUGAGACCAUCUUGCUCAGGCAAAGGGUUGGGGGCAGGGCUCUGUCCCAGGAUUCCUUCCUUCUCCCUCAGUGGGUGGGGAUUCGGGAACCAGGAUUGGGGGUUGCUCACCACCCUGCUUCCUGCUUUUCUCAGCCUACCCCACCUCAUCCCUGGCCCUCUGGGAGGCCCCGAAGCCCAGCUCCCCUAUCUAGGUGCCUUUUCUCCAGCAAGGAGUCAGCAUGUCCCCCUCAGGGUCCUAAGCUCCCUCACUGCCACCUGGGGCCUGUGUGGCCCCCAUAUCUCCCCAUCUACCUCUGCCCUUAGCCUGUUUCUGAGCCAUGGAGACUUUGGAGGAAGGAGAACCAGAGUGCUCCCCGCUGGGCCUCACAGAAUGUCCCCUACGGCUCAGUGGGGGAAGGGAGGGGAAGUGGAACAGCCCUGCAAGGCAAGGCAGGGCAUGCCCCAGUGGGGCUUGGGACCAUCUCGCACCACCAGCAUCAAGCAGCAAAAGCUAAAGCACUGGCUGAGAGCCACAGAGACUGGCAUUGAUCUGGCAGUGGCCAUGCUCCCCUGUUCUCCUGUUUCUGCUGGUUCUGACUGUUGUUAUCAACCCCAUCUUAAACAUGUUUCAUCAGAUCCUGA